ACAUUAACCUUCUUUACAUCACGCAAUUGAGUGAUAGUAUAGGCUAAAAAAUCUAUUAUAAGAUAUCAGUGACAACCCUAACAAUCCAUCCCUAUUUUGUCUUUUGGCGUUCCAAUUUUGUGUUUUCUCGUCCCUAAUUUUUCCAGUCUCGUUCCAAAUUACCCUACAUACGUCCCAAUUUUCCCCAAAAAGAAAGGAAAAAUUAUACAUUUUUUAUUUUGUCGAAAUAUUGUAUUUAAAAUAAGAAUAUUGCAACUUACCGUUUGUUGUGGUAUUUCCAGGUGUAUUAAAAACUUAUAUAAACUGUGAUCUUAUUGAAAAAACAACGAUAAUAUUACUUUUUUUAAAAGUUCUGUAAGCUGUUUUAAAACGCACUUUUCAACCACUAUUUUCAAUUUAAUUUGACGAAUUCUUGGGACCAACUUAACUCAUAUUUAGUACUUCCAUAGUUAACUUGGUUUUUCUUCUAUACAUUGAUAAAUAUUAACAUAAACAAAAUUAGGUAGAUUCCGUGCUACAGGUACUUUGAGAAUCUUCAGCAGGUUUGUCCCAAUUUACCCCAUGUCAUGGUACGUACAGUUACUGUACAGUACCGUACCUACUCAAUAUUUUGAUUUUGUAAACAGAACUCUGAACAGAACAGAACGUCCAAAAGAGUAGGUGUAGGUGGCCACUACGUGCGUCAGUCCUAGAAAAUACACUAUAGUUACAGAUUUCAAUUAAAAUUAGAACCUGAAUUUAUUCUAAAUUUCGAAAGUUUAAUUGAAAAUAAUGAAUAUCUUGCCAAAAAAAAGGUGGCAUGUUCGGACUAAGGAAAAUAUUGCAAGGGUUAGAAAGGAUGAAGCAGAAGCUGCAGAGAAGGAAAAACAAGAAAGAAUAAGAACAGAAACUGCAGAUAAAGAGUCAAGGCUCAAUAUACUAAAGCAAAAAAGCAAAGAGAGAUUACUCAAAUCAGGAAUCCCACAAACAAAUGUAGGAAAAAGUGAAAUUAUAAAUGAACAUGUCAACUUAUUUGCAAAUCUUGAAGAUGCUAUUAAAACAACAAACAAAGAACAUGAUAAAGAGGUAAAGGCCAAACAAGAAGAAUAUGAAAAACAAAUUGGCUAUUUAACUUAUCUUGGACAAGAUACAAAUGAAGCUUUAAAAAAGAAAAAUUGGUAUGAUGUUCCACCAGAGGCUUCUAGAUAUUCACGCACCAAUGACAUAAAAGAUACCUAUAAUAAGCUAGUUUUGAAAGAUGAAGAUGGAAAACCAAAAACAAAUUGUGUGGAGAUUAAAAAUGGAGAAUUCGCUUGGAAACAGAAGCAACGACUAGAUCCCAUGAAUCACAUAAAAAGAAACAAAAGUUACAAACUUCAAAGUAACGAACCAAAUACAAAGGUACAUAAGAAAAACAAAAAUCGUAAUGACGAAAAGUGCCCAAAAAUGAAACUACAAAAACUAAGAGAAGCUCGCCUUAAGAGAGAACAGCAGGAAAGGUGUAGAACAGAAUUAUUUCUAAAAAAAUUAGGUGGGUUUGGUGAAAGUUCAACAGAAGAAAACAAUGGAAAAAAUAAACUGAAUAUUAUUCCUAAAUAUAAUUCUCAGUUUAACCCUGAAUUGGCAAGACAGAAUUAUAAAUGAAAACCAUAAUAUUGAGAAAUAAAUUGUACCAUUGCUAAUAACUGGAUUGAAAUAGACAAAAUAUGGUGUAAGUUAGAAUUACUUACACAUACACAAUAAUUUAAUAUAAUAAUUUCGGAGUGAACCAAGAAAAGUUAUUAACACUAUCGUAAUAAAGUGCUAAGUAUCAAGUGUCUUUGCUGUUUGAAACAAUUGAGCAUGUUUAACCAAAACUAAAAUCAAUGUCAUGAAUUAAAAUAUUAUUUAAUAAAGUAUUGCAAUCAACACAUAACCAUAAUAUAAAUAAAUAUAUAUGAUAAUGUUUAAUCACAAAUAUAUAGCAUGACUUGGUUAUUUAAA